GUACAUAAAAUAACCGUAAUAAGUUAAAUUCGUGAUAGUUGGUAGUACAUUUGAAAAUUAUCAGCUUUGAUUAUGUACUUAUAGUUUAUUCUGUGUAAAAGAUUUGAAAGAAUUAUUCAAAAAAAAAUGGCGAAUAAAAAGAGUAAUAAACUUUCUGAUAAACUAAAUGAUAUUUUUUAUAAUGUUCAAUUUAAUAGGACUUCUCAUAAACGUUAUAUAAAGCAAUUAACGAGUAUCAAAGAAGAAUACGAGGAAGAGCUGUUCCUAAAUGAAUUUAUUAGCUGCUUGAAAGUACCUCUUGCUACAGAUAAAACUCAUCCUUCGAUUGAUAAUACUUUAGAAUUUGCCGCUAAAUUUGCUGUUAGUUCUUAUCCAUUUGAUAAGGAUUCAUGCGAAAGCAUGCCUCCAUUUUUAGAAAAUUUAUUUACAUUUAUAUUGGAGCAUCUCAAUGCCAAGCAUUCUUACAUUAGAUUUCAUCUAUGCCAUUUUUUAAAUAUGUUAUUAAAUUCGAUGGGCGAACACGCCUUUCUAGAUGAUACACUUUGCGAUAAAAUAAUUGUUAAUAUGAUGGACCGGUUGCUGGAUGUAUCGCACAAAGUUAGAGCACAAGCUAUUUUUGCUUUGCAUAGGCUCCAAGAUCCAUUAGAUGAAAAUUGUCCUGUCAUAAAAGUGUACAUUUUUCAUUUAACCAAGGAUCCUAACGUGCAUGUUCGUAAAGCAGUAUUACGGAGUAUGGCUAAAAAUCAGAAAACGUUAUAUGCUGCUUUAAGUAGAAUUAGAGAUGUCAACUAUAUAGUAAGAAAAAUGGCUUAUGAUUUUAUCAGUAAAGUAACUAUUAGAUCUUUGAAGAUCAAACAAAGGAAUCAAUUGUUGAACGAAGGACUUAAAGAUAGAUCCGACGUUGUUAGAGAAUAUGUUAAAACUGUAUUAUUACCUACAUGGUUGCGUUAUUUCAAUGGAGAAUAUAAAGAUCUGAUUAAAGCAAUAGAUGCAGAAAUUGGAACUGAUGUAUCUAUUUUAGCACUUAAUAUACUCUUUAAAAAUGCAGCACCGGAUCAAUUAAUCGUUCAAGUACCAAUCGAUGAAACUACUAAACUUAUACCAGUCGAAAAGUUGUCAAGCGAGAAUUCCUUAUAUUGGAGAUGCGUUGCUAAACAUUUUCAUACUAUAUCUUGUUUUGAUCUUUUGGAAAGAAUUUUACCUGAAUUAUCCAAUUUUUGCAAAUAUAUUAAUGAUUUUCUAACCAUGAUGUCUUCUAAAUCGUUUGAACAAUGGGAGAAACGAACACACCAAUUUAUUCUUCUUCAACUUUUUGAGAUUAUUAAAUUUUUUGAUUUAUCGGAUGAAGCAGGAAGAAAUAAUUUAAGAGAAUUAAUAUUAAAUGUCCUACUGACAAACCAUUGCUCUGAAAAAAUAAUUGAAUGCGUUGUUAAGUAUUUCGAGAAUGUGGUACCUGAUGUGAAUCAAAGAAUUGAUCUUUUAGCAAAUACAAUUCAAACACUCAGAAUGCCAAUGAAAGAUUCUAUGGAAAUUGUACCAGAAAUAUCUGCCAAAGAAAAACAUCAAAAUGAUAUGGAAAGAGCCAGAUUACGAGUACAAAUCUUAGACCUUCAAGAAGAAGAAUAUACAGCUAUUCAAAAUAAAGAAUAUUUGAAAGCUGAGCAAAUCAAUGAACAACGAAAUAAAAUAGAUCAAGUUUUAAUGAAAAUGAGUGAGACACCAAAACCUUGUAUUACGAUCAAUGACUGUGUUAUCGAAAAGGAAAAAAACGAUUCCGAAACGAUGAUCAAAUGUCUCAGCAUCAUGUGCUCUAUGAUGAGAGCUAAAUCGAUCAAAACUUUAGUUACUACUCUUAGAUGCCUUCUGAAUGUAGCCAUUUCAAGUUUGGAUCAUCCAAACGAUAGGGUCCAUGUAUUAGCAUUGGAUGCUUUGGGAAUUUUUUGCAUAUUAGAUAAGGAAUUAGCUAGAAAACAUAUCUUUACAUUUUUAUUACAAUUUUCAUUGGAACAAGAAAAACAAGACAUUUGGGUUAUCACUUUAAAAGCUCUUUUUGAUCUUCUCACAUGCUACGGAGUUGACUUUUUUGAUAUAAAAAAAGUUAAUAACGAUGAUAGUGCUAAUCAAUCAAAUAAACGUAAUAAAAAUAUUAAGUUAUUUGGUCGAAAAGAAGAAGAAGAAGAUGGAGAACUUACUGAUUGUACCAGUCAGUCUAUUAAUCAAAUACAAAAUCCUGAUAUAAUGAAAAUUUUAAUCGGAUUAUUGGAUAACGCGAAUCAAGAUUUAAGAAAUGUCGCUACGGAGGGAUUCUGUAAAUUAAUUAUAAAUUUACGGAUAAGCAAUUGCUCCUUUUUGUUGUCGCGUAUAAUAGUAAUGUAUUUUAAUCCAGCUAACUCCGAUGACGCUUAUCUCUGUCAAUGCAUAAGCGGCUUUUUCGAACUAUUUUUAAAGAAGGUACCUACAAAUCAAGAACUGCUGGAAGAAGCAUUCUUCCCGACAUUAAAAAUCAUUUCCAACGCGCCCGAUAUUAGUCCUCUUCAAGAAAUAAAUCUUUACGAAGUAGCUGUGUUUAUUUUGAAAUUAACCAGUAUUAGAGGUGACAGAUCCAACAUGAAUACAUAUUGUGUACAUAAUAAUUUGGCAUUUGCUAUACUUGCUGAAAUUCUUAAUUUGGAUAGUAAAAUUAACAAGGAUGUCCUCAUUAAGUGCUUAAAGCACUUAGAUAUACAAAUAGAUGACAAAUUAUCACAGAAAAAUUUAAAAGAUGGUAUCGAGAAAGUUUUAUUGUUGGUAAAGAAAUUCGACAAGCGAUUAAUAAGUUACGUAGAGAGGUUUAAGAACAAAUUUUACCCGAAUAAUUCUGUCGUAGAACCGCAAAUGGAGGAAACAGAAACUGAUGAUUCAGAUACAGAAGAGUGAAUGAAAUUAUUUGUAGAAAUAUUUAAUAAGUUUUUUUUACUUUUUAUAUAUAAUAAAAAUGACUG